AUGGAGUGGAACCACUUCAAUACCACUGUGAAUGGCAACCUAAUCGCUACAGUGCCUCUUGCGUCACCUUGCCACGAAUCUUCAUUCGGAAUCGCCUACAAUGCUUAUGAGUGCUCGAAACUGCGUGAAGGGUGGAAAUUACCUGCGAACCAUUACAAUUCCUCAUCUUCUGUAAUGUCGCCGCUGUUUGCCAAUCAAAGCUGUGACCCUUUCACCACGAGAGAAAGCCAAUGUGUCCUCGGCACAUACAUUCAGUAUGCAGUGGAUGUCCACACCGAGGAGGAUGUAGUAGCCACCCUUGCUUUUGUACUGAAGAACAAAAUCCGCCUCGUGAUUCGCAACACUGGUCAUGACUACAACGGCAAGUCUACUGGCGCGGGAGCUGUGGCGAUCUGGACGCAUCAUCUCAAAGAGAUUACCGUGUUUGACUAUGAAAGUUCUGUCUACACCGGAAAAGUCAUGAAAAUGGGCGCCGGAGUGCAGGGGUUCGAGGCAUACGAAGUUGCGCAUGAGCAAGAUCUUGUCAUUGUGGGAGGCGAGUGUCCAUCAGUGGGACUUGCUGGUGGCUAUACACAAGGCGGUGGUCAUUCUGCUCUCUCUUCCAAAUAUGGACUUGGCGCUGAUCAGGUUCUCGAAUGGGAUGUGAUUGUGGCAGAUGGACAACGACUCAUUGCCUCUAAAGACCAGUAUCCGGAUCUCUUCUGGGCGCUCAGUGGCGGAGGCGGUGGCACUUUCRGCGUUGUGCUCUCGAUGACCGUCAGAGCACAUCCUGAUGGGCCGACAACAGGUGCAAACUUAUCCUUUUCGACUACGGCAAUCUCGCGAGAUAUAUAUUGGGAAGCGAUUGAUACGCACUAUAAGUCGCUACCCAGCAUUGUUGACGAAGGCAUCAUGGCUCUGUCAUUCAUGAACAACGAUACCUUCACGAUCGGCCCGAUGACCGGACCUGGAGUUAGCCCAGAAAGAAUGAACGAAUUGCUCGAGCCACUGACUACCAAGCUGAAAACGAGUGGCAUCUCAUACACAAAGCUCGUGAAGCAAUUCCCGACAUACUACGAUCACCUCAACACCAUGAUCCCGGAGAUUGCGGUGGGCUAUGCACUUUACGGUGGUAGGUUGAUCUCGCGAUCGCUAGUCGUCGAGGAUGUCAAGAUCACCACCAACGCCUUGCGCAAGAUCAUCGAUAAUGGCGGCGCCGUGACUACCGUAGGUCUCGGGGUCUCCGAAUUGGUGGUGGGGAAUGUGUACAAUUCCGUCAAUCCUAUCUGGCGCGACACACUGCUCGACACGGUGGUCACGAUCCCUUACGAUCUCACGGCGCCGCUUUMUGACGCCAGGGCGAGUGCGAACAAAUUAACUGAAGAAUUCAUGCCACUACUUACGGAGAUAAGCCCUGGCAGGGGUACCUAUCUCAAUGAGGCGGAUUUCCAAGAUCCGGAUUGGAAGAGCAAUUACUAUGGCGUCAACUAUGAUCGUUUGCUGGAAAUCAAGAAUCGAUAUGAUCCAGAGCACUUGUUCUAYGCGUUGACGGCUGUUGGCUCGGACUACUGGGAAUUGCAGCCUGACGGUCGGUUGUGCACAGCCGUUGCUGCUUAG